CAUUAAUUCAACAAACCACUUUAUGUGACUUGCAAUGUGAACUCAUUGUCGCUAGAUGGAGACACUAAGCAAUUAUGCACACUUCGUUCCAUAAUAUGACCAUUAUAGAUCUCCUUUUUCACUACACCUGUGACAGAUGUGCUUGUUGUUUUAACCUUGUGGUAGGCUACCGCCAUGAUGAAAUAGACAAAUGGUGUUGGACUGGUAAUGGGGACAAUAUUUUCUGCCAUUUCCAUAUGAUAUAUGUCCGUUUCCUAAACAUAAUUUAUUACAGCUCUCCUCCCACUUCCCCCACACCUCCCUGUUGCUCUCUGCCCCUGUUACUCCACUAUUCAUUAGCAGCCUCAGAUUUAUAUUUGUUGUGAUGCGUAUUCUGCAAGAGUGCGCACUGAUGCACAGUAGUCCAACUUUUAACAGCAGGCACAGAGGCGCUCUCUUGUUUUCUGGUGACGGACUAGUGGGAGAAGAGAAGACUGUUCAUUCGGCAUUGUUUGCUACAGCUCUACACAAAAGAUACAUGUAGAUUUUUUUUCCCAGAUUCGAAUUAAGAUUAGCCUAUACGCCUAUACGGUUGUGUCAAGAAUUUAAGAAGAUCUGAAAACUUUUCGUUUUCCUUUGAUGUUCUGCAGUCUUUUACGCACGAAGUUUCCUACGCAAGUAUCCUAGCCUAGACUAGUUUUAUAAUACAGGUCAACUUUAUUCAUUCAGUUCUUCUUGGAGUAAAUCAACAAUAUAGGCUACACGGACAAGUAUGUGGGGAAUACCGAGGACGCGAUAUGCUGAUGGCAAUGGCUCCGAGGCCAGUGAGGAGACCGACAUUGUCCUGAACAUCGGUGGAGUAAAACAGGUGUUGUGUGGGGAUGUGCUGAACCAUUAUCCGGAGACCCGACUAGCGGAACUGUGGAACAGCUCCAAGGGGUGUUUGGAGGACUUAUCCUCGCUUUGCGACGACUAUGACUCUGGGAAAGGUGAAUUUUAUUUUGACAGAGACCCGGACGCGUUUAAGUGUAUAAUUGAGCUGUAUUACUACGGGGAGAUACAUAUUAAACGGGGCAUCUGUCCAAUUUGUUUCGUAAAGGAGAUGGAGUUCUGGAAAAUCGACCUAUAUUUCCUGGACGAUUGUUGUAAAGGCGACCUACAGGAGGCGGAGGACGAGCUUGCAGAGAUUGCCGAGAAGGUUCAAACUAUUCUGGUCGACCGAGAAGGGGACCCCUCUGCCAGGGGCUGGCAACGUUUCCAAAUGUGCCUGUGGAAGCUUAUGGAGAAACCGGAGUCGUCGCUGCCCGCACGCGUCAUCGCCAUAGUUUCUUUCCUCUUCAUCCUCAUCUCCUCCGUGGUGAUGUGCGCGGGCACCAUCCCUGACCUGCAGGUUGAGGACGCUGAGGGCAAUCACAUGGAACACCCGUUCUUGGAGGCCAUCGAGACCGCGUGUAUCGGCUGGUUCACCGUUGAAUACGCCCUGCGCUUGAUAUCGUCCCCGAAUAAAGUGAAGUUCGUCCUGUCCUUCAUGAACAUCAUAGACUUCAUGGCCAUCAUGCCCUUUUACGUGGUGCUGACUUUGACGUGUCUGGGCACGACUAUGAUGGAGCUGGCUAAUGUGCAGCAGGCGGUGCAGGCGCUGCGCAUCAUGCGCAUUGCGCGCAUCUUCAAGCUGGCGCGCCACUCCUCCGGGCUGCAGACUCUCACCUCGGCCCUGAAAAGCAGCUUCAGCGAGCUGGGGAUGCUGCUCAUGUACAUGGGCGUGGGCGUCUUCCUGUUUUCGGCGCUGGCCUACACCUUGGAGCAGAGCCACCCGGAGACUAUGUUCACCAGCAUCCCGCAGGCCCUUUGGUGGGCCGUCAUCACAAUGACCACCGUGGGUUAUGGAGACAUCUACCCCAAGACCACGCUGGGUCGGUGCAACGCGGCCGUCAGCUUCCUCUGCGGGGUGAUUGCCAUCGCUCUGCCCAUACACCCUAUCAUCAACAACUUCGUCAUCUUCUACAAUAAGCAGCAGGUGUUGGAGAUGGCGGCCAAACACGAGAUCGAGCUGAUGGCGCUGCGUUCCAGCGAGGCAGGUGCAGAGAAGACGCUGCCCCAGACGCAGCGCAGAUCCGUCAGUGUCGCGGCCGGAGUGUGGGACAACGCCAUGCGCUCCUGUCACAGUGACACCUACAUUCCCCUGCUGAAAGACCACAGAGCAGGAGUACAAACCCCAAGCAUGGACAGAAGCUUUGACAGUUCAUAGCUGAGUCAAAUCACCCCUCUUCACAUCGCACAGCUUUAGUGGACCUACAGUAUAUACCCUAAAACAUCCAUUGCGAGAUCACAAAAGAUGAUAAACUCACUAUAUAAAACAUGGUGAUCCAUUGUAAAAAGUCUCAAAAUAUAAGGAAAUUAGUGUCACUUUUCCAAAACACAUGAACACAUAAUAUGAAAAAGCAUAGAAAGAAAAUACAAAAAAGUAUAUGGGUGAUGAAAUAGUGUAAAACAUAUAAAAUGAACUUUUACAAUGUGGUUAUUGUAAAUAUUGACCAAAGUGGUUGGUUCAUGUUUACACUGGACCAUUGAUGUAGGACAAGAGUCUCCAACCUUUUCUAGCAUGAGAGCUAAUUUAAAAAAAUGAAACCUGGCUAGUUACUAAUUUUUUUAUAGCUUUCAAAUAGGCACAUUCUUCUCUUCUCCUCUCCCCUGCAUCUCUUCCUCGGGUCCUUGAAGAGAAAGUAGUGCACUAUGUUUUCUGUCAAUAUACCUGGUAAAAUAAUGGUUAUUAACAACUCUAAGCAGAGCCCUAUAAAAUCUGUGAUUUCUAACCCAAAUUAUGUUUGACAUUUUCCUAAAUUAUGUAUUCUCAGUUGUAUUUUUCCUGGUUUUAGAUAUUAUUAUUUUUGGUUCACUUUCAAAAUUACAAUUGUUCAUGGAGAAACAACGAAAUUAGAUGUUCUGAGUCCAUGUCAAUGCUUAAAUCACAUCAAAAUACAAGAAAACUAACACAUUUGGAUUUUUGAGUGUAUUUCCCCUUUAAUUGCGCAUCUGGCCCUUUAAUUGCUCAUUUGCAAGUGAGGAAUGUGCUGUCUAAUGUGCUGGUCUAGUGAUGGUUCUGUACUGCUACUGCUCAUUUCAUGGCAAAGUUAGCAAAAAA